AUGACCUUUACUGAUUUUGAAAUUUUGCUGAGUAAAAUUUCACCGAUAAUUUCUAAGCAAGACACAGAUUUCAGAGAAGCUAUUCCAGCAAAAUUUCGCCUUAUCAUGACUCUAAGAUUUUUAGCAUCUGGUGAUAGCUACAGAAGUCUACACUAUCUGUUUAAAGUCUCCAAAGCAUCUAUAUCAGGAAUUAUACGGGAAGUCUCUAGAGCUCUUAAUGAAGUUCUAAAAGAUGAAGUAAAGAUGCCCACAACAGCGGACGGUUGGUUAGAUAUCGAAAAAGGAUUUAGAAGAAAAUUUCCACACUGUAUCGGAUCAAUAGACGGCAAGCAUAUCGUAAUGGAAAACCCUUAUCACAGUGGAACCGAGUUUUAUAACUAUAAGAAGACUUUUAGCAUUGUUCUAAUGGCACUAGUGGAUAGCAAUUAUAAAUUUAUAUUUGCCGACAUAGGAAGCCAAGGAAGAAUAAGUGAUGGUGGUGUAUUCAACAAUUCAUUGUUAUGGAAAAAAAUCUGUAGAAACGAAUUAGAUCUACCCACACCAUGUCUUCUUCCCGGAUCAAAUAUUGAUGUGCCAUAUGUCUUCAUAGGCGAUGGUGCUUUUGCACUCAGUACACAUGUAAUGAAACCAUACCCUGGCAAUCAUGAUUCGGAUUCACAAAAAAGGAUAUUUAAUAAAUGUCUGUCCAAAUCCCGAGUUGUGGUGGAAAACACAUUCGGAAUCUUAAGUGCAGUAUUUAGAAUAUUUCGACGACCAAUUGAUCUGGAUCCAGAUAUUGUAUCACAAUUGACAAUGACAUGUGUACUGCUACACAACUUUCUCAGAAACAGUAAAAAUUCCGCAGCAAGAUAUACUCCUCCAGGAACGUUUGAUGAAUACGAUGAUAACGGCAAUCUGACAAGGCCUGGAUCGUGGCGAACAAACGCAGGUGGAUAUAACGCUAUAAGAGAUUUGCCAAUGAUAGCACGAAGAUCACCUCUGAACGCUAGAGAAAUCAGGGACGAAUUUUCUUCAUAUUUUUAUAGGGCUAUCCACUAACAAUGUACCUACCUA